AUGCAGUCGCCGGCGAUCGAAAAUCUCGGAGCCUCAAAGACGGCGGACCGGAUCUCCGGCGAGGAGGAGGAGGAAGGCUGCCUGCUGGCCAUGCAGCUGGCGAGUGCUUAUGGAGAGCUGGGUGCACAAAAAGAAUGCUAUUUUGAAAGGUACCACCUGAAAGAUGCAGUUCUAGAAGGAGGAAUCCCCUUCAACAAGGCAUAUGGCAUGACAGCCUUUGAAUACCACGGCAAAGACCAAAGGUCCACAAUUCAAAAGUUUUCUUUCAUUUCUACAAGCAUCGAGCAUGUUGGUGGCGACAUGUUUGCAAGCAUGCCUAAAGGAGACGCUAUUUUUAUGAAGUGGAUUUGCCACGACUGGAGUGAGGAGUACUGCCUGAAAUUCUUGAAGAAUUGCUACGAAGCCUUGCCGGGAAACGGGAAAGUGAUCCUUGCCGAGUGCAUCUUGCGGAGGCUCCGAAUACAGAGCUUGCCACGAAAAUUGCUGUCCAUGUGGACAGUUCUCUUAUCGUUAUUCUCAAUCGUCUACCACACUACAUCACUUGGUAUUAGAAGUCAGCACGAUUCACGAUGUAGCAGCGACGACAAAAUACAAUCGACCGGCGUAACGCCACCAUCAACGAUCGGUUUGAGCAGAUGGAUGAUCGAUUUCAGCAGAUGGACGAUCGAUUCACUAAUCUAUCAAUGGAUAUCGAAUAAUUGGGUCUCACUGUCUUACCAUGGUUACGUGGAUUUUGAGGAGCUGCGGCGCCGCGAGCCUCGGCGUGAGACCGAGGGCUUUGGUGAGUCACAAUGGGAGACGAGUUCUUGGGUGGAGCAUCUUAACGGCGACACGAGCGAUUUCUAUGAUGGUCCGCUGGCUUACAAUGAGGAGCCUCCGGGAUCAGAGGAAAACUUGACCGAGGAUGUCGGCGGAUCACGUGCUUUGUUUAAGGAGGACACCGGCUUCUAUGACGGACCACCGGUCUUCGACGAGGAAACAUUGAAAACAGAGGAGCGGUCUGGGGCACCUACGCCGGUUGCGGGAGGUUCCAGCUGCACAUGGAUACCAGCGUUGGGGACUGGCAGCCAACCCGUGGGCGGUUUGCAGUGUUUCUUUUGCGGCGAACUGGGGCGUCGACAAGUAUCUUAUCCAACGCCAAGUUUUUCACUUGUGCUUUUAGCCGGGGACAGUGGGGCCGCCGAAUAUGACGAACUGUCUAUGUUCGGUGAGGAGCAGUCGGUGACUGAAGAACAUGUCUGCGGCGAUGUGGGCCCGUUAAAAUAUAUGACCCUUUUUUACCUGCAAAUGGUUUCUUGGGAUUACACAAAUGUUUUAAGCAAUAAUGGGGGACAAUUUCAUUUGAAAUCGGCGUUCGCGUGUGGGACGGCGGUUGACGACGACAACGAGAUAGAAUCGGAUUCGAUGGCGAAUCUUGCUCAAUCAGGAGAGAAUGAUGCAGAAUAG